AUGUACAUCGCGCUUGCGUUCAUGGUCGGAACCAUGUACUACGACGUGGGUGAGGUGGCUCGUGGAGGUGAGCCUGUUGCCGCUGCAGCCGCGGCCACCUCGCUCCUGGCUCUGCUGUUCUACGUGCAGGCAUUUCUCGUCUUCAUGUCCGUCGCGAUCCUCCCGUUCUUCCUCGAGAUCAGGGACGUCUUCCGGCGGGAACGAGCCAACGGACAGAUCACCUGUCUGCCGUACGUGCUCGCCGACUUCCUCGCCGGACUUCCCGGCGUCACUCUCAUUGCUCUGAUCUCCACGAUGCUCGUCGUGUGGCUGGCGAAUCUCAAUGGCUUCGCCCAGUUCUUCGCGAACCUGCUGCUGUCUCUGAUCGUGGCCGAGUCCCUCAUGCACGUGAUCGGCGCCGCCCAGCCACACUACAUUAGAAAGAGCGUGUUCUACCGCUGCUGGCGGAAAACCGGGGGGGGUCACUACCGGAAAAGGCUGGCAACUUUCCACAGUAAAGCGGCGGUGGAUCACGCUCUCUCCUACAUUAUCGGCAUGGCAUUCGGGGCGGGCCUCUUCGGCAUGUUCAUGCUCUGCGAGGGAUUCAUGGUCAAGCCCCAGGACAUCCCGGACGGCUGGGUCUGGGGCUAUUACCUCGCCUUCCACACUUACUCUUUCGAGUGGUUCGUGCACAACCAAUUCGACGACGGGACGCUCGUCGGCGAGGCCGUCUUGAAGAGCUUCGAAAUGGAGGAUGUGGACCCGCUUCGGAACGCUCUCAUCCUGUCGGCGAACGCGGCCGUCUUCCAGGCGGCUUAUUUCAUGGUCCUGAAAGUCUUCCACACAGGGAAGCGUUGA